AUGACCUCUAUCACAAAAUUCUUUCGGCCAUGGGAGACCCGACAUCCCUCGAUUUCUUCUGGUGGCUAUCCCUCAUCAAUCUCCCCACCGGAUUCACCAGCGUCCACGUCGGCUAGCUCAAGUUCAAGUCAUGGUCACCCAUUUGAAAUGUUUCUGAUGAUCCCUACUACAACCACUUCGAUCCCUUUGGAAAUGAGCACGAAUCGACGAAAAUGCGAGAGAUGCACAUGCCCGAACUGCAAAGCCAUAAAACACACUGGGGACCGCCCGUUCGUUUGUGAUUGGAUCGAUUGUGAGAAGCGAUUCGACAGGAGUGACCAGUUGAUCAGACACAAGAGAACGCAUACCAAAGAGUAUAGAUUCGCGUGCAGCAUGUGUGCCCGUCAGUUCUCCCGUUCGGACCAUCUCCAACAACAUCUUACUUCUGUUCAUAAUAUUAUUGUUGUCGAUUAA